GUCUGUUUCACAAGUCACUAUCUUUGGAUUCUUUCAUGUAGUGUCAUUAUAAAGAUGAUUCCCUACACUGUCAAUAUCAAGCUUGCCGCACGGACGUUAACUGGAACCCUUCACUUACAGAACAAAACCGCGGUUGAUUGGGGUUGGCAAGGACUGAUUGCCCAGGGAUGCCACUCUAGCAUCCUCAUCAUUGAUCCAAAAACAGCGCAGACCAUUCAGGUUCUGGAGAGACACAAAGCCGUGGUUGUCAAGGUGAAAUGGUCCAGAGAGAAUUACUACCACAGUCUCAGCUCUCCGUACUCUUUGCGUCUAGCUUCGGCCGACGCCUCAGGGAAGAUUAUUGUGUGGGAUGUCGUGAGUGGAAAUGCUCACUGUGAGAUCCAGGAGCAUUCUAAGCCCAUUCAGGACAUGGACUGGUUGUGGAAUCAGGAUGUAUCCCGUGACCUGCUGUUGGCUGUCCACCCUCCAAACUACAUCGUCCUCUGGAAUGGAGACACGGGGGCCAAGUUGUGGAAGAAGAGCUAUGCUGAGAACAUUCUCUCCUUCUCCUUUGACCCGUUUGAACCUUCCAAUCUGGCCUUGCUGACCAGUGAGGGUAUCGUGUUCAUCACUGACUUCUCUCACUCCAAGCCCCCUGGCAGUGGGGGUAAGAAGGUUUACAUCGCCAGUCCUCAUGCCAGCCCAGCCCAUAGCAAACCAGCUGCUCAGCCCACAGGCGCCAAGAAGGCCCUUAACAAGGUCAAGGUUCUUAUCACCAACGAAAAACCCACGGCUGAAGCUGUGACUCUGAAUGACUGUCUCCAGCUGUCUUAUCUGCCUUCCAAGAGGAACCACAUGCUGCUACUGUACCCCAGAGAAAUCCUCAUCUUGGACCUGGAGCUGAGUCAGACAGUGGGCGUGGUGGCCAUAGAGCGCUCUGGUGUCCCCUUCAUACAGGUGGUUCCCUGUGCACAGAGAGACGCUCUUUUCUGUCUACAUGAAAACGGGUGUGUUACCCUACGGCUAUGCCGCUCCUCAUCACCCUCCCCUGAUGAAUCAGAUCCCGAGCAGAGCUCCCAUGAGCUGGUGUAUGACCUGCGUUCACAGUGCGAUGCCAUCCGUGUGACCAAGACCGUUCGGCCAUAUCGCGUGGUCAUCUGCCCCGUUAAUGAGAACAGCGCCGCCCUUGUGGUCAGUGAUGGCAGGGUAAUGCUAUGGGAGCUCCGAGCACACGCCAGCAAAACUUCAGUUAACCCCAGCUCUGGCCCAUCUCCUCUAUAUUCUCCUGUGUCUUUCUGUGGUACUCCACUGGGCCAGGACCAGAAAUAUGUUCAAGAUCUCUCUCUCAACAGUAUGAUUGGACACAGCAUGAUGUCAGGGGCAGAGCCUCAAGGCACGAGGCCCCAGCAGGAGGUCCAUCUGAAAUUCCUCCUCACUGGGCUGUUGUCUGGACUGCCUUUGCCCCCGUUUGCAAUCCGAAUGUGUCCCCCGCUGACCACAAAGAACAUCAACUACUACCAGCCUUUGCUGGCUGUGGGCACAAGCAAUGGAUCAGUCCUGGUGUACAAUCUGACCAGCGGUCUCUUACAUAAGGAGCUGAGUGUUCAUUCAUUUGAAGUCAGAGGCAUUGAGUGGGUUAGCCUCACAGGCUUCCUCUCUUUCGCCACUUCAUCCCCCAACAACCUGGGCCUGGUGAGGAAUGAGCUCCAGCAUGUUGACCUGCCAACAGGCAGAUGCUUUGCAUUUCGGGGUGAGCGUGGAAAUGACGAAUCAGCCAUAGAGAUGAUUAAAGUCUCUCAUUUGAAACAAUAUUUGGUGGUGGUGUUUAGAGACAAGCCUCUGGAGCUUUGGGACAUUCGCACUGGGACACUACUGCGUGAAAUGGCCAAGAACUUCCCCACAGUGACUGCUCUGGAGUGGUCUCCCUCCCAUAAUCUGAAGAGUUUAAAGAAGAAGCAGCUGGCAGCCAGAGAGGCAAUGGCCCGACAGACCACUCUGGCCGACACAGAGCAGAGCAGCGUGGAAUCGUCUGUCAUCAGUCUCCUGCAGGAUGCGGAGAGCAAGGCUGAGCUGAGCCAGAGUAUUUCAGCACGGGAGCACUUUGUGUUCACAGACACAGAUGGUCAGGUUUACCACAUCACCGUGGAAGGCAACACAGUCAGAGAUGGAGCCCGGAUUCCCCCUGACGGAAGCAUGGGGAGCAUCGCGUGCAUUGCCUGGAAAGGGGACACUCUGGUGCUUGGAGACGUCGACGGAAACCUUAACUUCUGGGACUUGAAAGCACGUCUGUCCAGGGGGGUUCCCACACACCGAGGCUGGGUGAAGAAAAUUCGCUUUGCCCCCGGGAAGGGGAACCAGAAGCUGCUGGUGAUGUACACAGAUGGCGCCGAGGUUUGGGACACUAAAGAGGUGCAGAUGGUGAGCAGCCUGAGGGUCGGGCGAAACGUCAGCUAUCGGAUCCUGGACAUCGACUGGUGCACCUCCGAUAAAGUGGUGCUGGCCUCGGAUGAUGGCUGCGUCCGUGUGCUGGAGAUGGCCAUGAAGUCUGCCAGUUACAGAAUGGAUGAGCAGGACCUUACAGAUCCAGUGUGGUGUCCGUAUCUUUUGCCCCCUCGAGCGGGUCUGACGCUGAAGGCUUUCCUCCUGCUGCAGCCCUGGUCAGGGAAUUUCACCAUGGACAUCACUCACAUAGACUACAAAGAAAAGGAAGAACUCAAAGGUCUGAUCCAGGAGCAGCUCAAUUCCCUGUCAAAUGACAUCAAACUUAUCCUUCAGGACCCUGAGUUGAACCUCCUGCAGCGUUGCAUCCUAGUUUCACGGUUGUUUGGGGACGAAGCAGACCUUCAGUUUUGGACAGUGGCGGCACACUACCUCCAGUCAUUUGCCCAAGCACGGCAGCUGGGCGUCCCGGGGUCGGAGGGCCAGGCUCAGGCUCCCACCCCCCACAGCCACCUGGACAUCUGUCAUGACAUACUGUGUGAAAGCAGCUUCUUCCAGAGAUUCCAGUUGGAAAGAGUGCAUUUGCAAGAAGUUAAGAGAUCCAGUUAUGAACACACCAAGAAGUGUGCUGACCAGUUGCUUUUACUGGGCCAGACUGACCGGGCAGUUCAGCUUCUCCUGGAGACAAGUGCAGACAACCCCAGCUACUACUGUGACUCGCUCAAAGCCUGUCUGGUGACCACCAUAACCUCCUCUGGACCCUCUCAAAGCACCAUCAAACUGGUGGCCACAAAUAUGAUUGCUAACGGCAAACUGGCAGAGGGUGUUCAGUUGUUGUGUCUGAUUGACAAAGCAGCGGAUGCUUGUCGUUAUCUACAGACAUAUGGGGAGUGGAAUCGUGCUGCCUGGCUUGCAAAGGUACGUCUGAAUGCUGCAGAGAGUUCUGAUGUGCUUAAGCGCUGGGCUGAACACCUCUGUUCUCCUCAAGUCAACCAGAAGUCCAAAGCCAUCCUGGUCCUGCUCUCUCUGGGCUGCUUCCACAAAGUGGGCGAGAUGCUUCAUAGCAUGAGGUAUUUUGACUGUGCAGCGCUCUUCAUCGAAGCCUGUCUGAAAUACGGUGUGAUGGAGGCCAAUGAAGUCACCAAUAAGUUGAUUGGUGCUACGUUUGCUGAUUAUGCCAGGCUGCUGCGCUCCAUGGGUCUUAGAGAAGGAGCGGCACUUUGGGCCUCCCGGGCAGGAGGUGCUGGGGAGGAGAUCCUAGAGCAGCUCUUUCAGGGAGAAGGAGCAGGGCCCGACCUCUCUCCGGGAGAAGAUGACAUCCAGACUCCUCCAGUGACCACAGACUGACAACGCUCUGACUGAAUGAGGGAGAGAGGAGGAAGGCGGAGCGACGG